UUUCUUCAUAUACGCGGAAAAGCCCAAUUUUCACUCCUCAAAUCUCCAUCCGGGUUGUCUAGUUUCACCCUCCAUUUCCUUCCAAUAUUCCAUCCAUUGAAAAUCCUUCGAAACCUGGUUUUCUUUCAGCUAAGAAAAGAAAAGAUCUUCCUUUCUCUUUCCCAGCAAAAGAAAGUCUUCAUUUUUUAUUCUUCUCCUCCUCCUUGUUGGUUUGUGAGCGAAAUUAUCUGCCACCCAAGAAAGCCACGCAUUAGAUAUUUGUAGGAUUUGCGAGCGUGAUUUUAGGGAUGAGUCUUUGCUCUGAGACCUGCCAUGUGUACAGAACAGAACACACACAUAUGUACAAUGUAUUUUUAUAGUCUCUUUUUCUCUCUCUUGUGUUUGUGUUAUUUUUCUAUAAGAUUUUAUGAACUUGACUGAGAACCUGAAUUUGGGUUUACUUUAGAUAUGUGGGUGAGUCAAUAAUCGAUUAGCAAUAAUAAUAGGAGAAGAGAGAGAAUUAUGGGAUCUGGAAAUGGGGUUUACUCGGUUGGAGAGUUUAGUUUAGAUGCCAAGUGGUUGAUCGAUCCAAAACAUCUUUUUGUUGGUCCGAGGAUUGGGGAAGGCGCGCACGCCAAAGUGUACGAAGGAAAAUAUAAGAAUCAAAAUGUUGCUGUUAAAAUCGUUCAUAAAGGAGAGACCCCGGAAGAGAUUGCCCGAAGAGAAGCGCGGUUUGCAAGGGAAGUUGCAAUGCUGUCCAAAGUUCAACACAAAAAUUUAGUAAAGUUUAUUGGAGCUUGCAAGGAACCUGUAAUGGUUAUAGUCACCGAACUUCUGUUAGGCGGGACGUUGCGGAAAUACUUGUUGAACAUGCGGCCAAGAUGCUUGGACACACGUGUCGCAGUUGGAUUCGCACUUGACAUUGCUCGUGCAAUGGAAUGCUUGCACUCCCACGGGAUCAUUCAUCGUGACCUGAAACCCGAGAACUUGAUUUUGACCGCAGAUCACAAAACAGUUAAGCUUGUGGAUUUUGGCUUAGCUAGAGAAGAGUCGUUGACAGAGAUGAUGACUGCUGAAACUGGGACUUACCGGUGGAUGGCGCCAGAGCUUUACAGCACAGUGACUUUAAGGCAUGGUGAGAAGAAGCAUUACAAUCAUAAGGUGGAUGCCUACAGCUUUGCAAUUGUGUUAUGGGAGCUCAUCCAUAAUAAAUUGCCUUUCGAAGGCAUGUCAAAUCUACAAGCAGCUUAUGCUGCUGCUUUUAAGAAUGUGAGGCCUAGUGCUGAAAACCUCCCUGAGGACUUGGCGCUGAUUGUGACUUCAUGUUGGAAAGAGGAUCCAAAUGAUCGACCCAACUUCAGCCAAAUCAUACAGAUGCUACUGCACUAUCUCUCCACCAUUUCACCCCCAGAACCUGUAAUACCGCAACGGAUUUUCAAAUCUGAGAACGCCGUACUGCCACCGGAGUCGCCAGGUACGAGUUCUUUGAUGGCUGUUAGGGAUGACGCGGGAGAUACACCAAAAAUCAACAUGGAAGAAAAGCCAAAAGGUUUCUUCUUCUGCUUUAACCAGUGUUACUAAUCCCUCGAAAGGGCACAAUUCCGCCUCCGAGGUUCUCCAAAAUAACAACUAUGACACCCAAUAAGCAAUACCCUCUGUAAAAAUGCAUCUUUGCAACAAGAUGUUUCUUUGAUUUAGUCAUUUGAGCGCCCACAAGAAGCUGCUUUGUUGUCUCAUGUUACUUUCAAAUUUAUGUACUCUUCUCACAUUAGCUUUAGUUUUAGAGUCCUGGAGUUGUGGUUGCUGUGAUGUAAUAACAUUUGUAAAAUAAGGUCCAUCCAAAAGCCUUUACUCCC